AUGUGGUCGGCCCGGCACGCCGUCGCGUUGGCCGUCGUGCUCACCUACGCGUAUUCGGCGCUUCUGCCGCCCGAUACUGCAUUCUCGCAGUCUAUAAAGAACCUUUUAAGGUUUCAGGACCCUGAGCAGGUAAUAUCAUUUCUUCCGAUCAUUCGGGAAAGUAGGCGUUCAGCAUGAUCCGGAGCGUUCAAUAUGUCUGGAGGAGCCUCCGGAAAGUCGUGUUCCCACAAGGGAAGAGUUUUUGGAACUCAUCAGAAAGUCCGAAAUGGAAGACCACAAGUUCGAUGAGCACAUUCGGAAAAAGCGUCAAACGUCGCGGAUAACCUACCAAGAGUACCUUGACAAUCUCGGAAAAGCUGACUACGACGUUCGAAUCGAGGAAGGCUGGACGGAGAUAAUGUACCCGUUCGGCACGUGGGCAAUGGACAAGCAGUUGAUGGGACAGGCCGGCAGGGAGACGCAGACCAAUCUGGGAUUCGAUUGCCCGUUUUUCGGAUUCCGAUUCAACUACACAAUGGUCUAUCCGAUGGGAAUGAUUUCAUUCGGACUGCCGCCCUUCUCUGCGCCGCCAUGGACGUUCCCCAAUCCCGAAUGGCCGAAACAGAGGGUAAGUGACAUCUGAAAAUGAAUUCUGAGUGGGAGGAGCAUUCAGGAUCACUCGUUCAUCGCUCCUUUCUACGCCGACGCAAUGUUCCAAUGGAUCGGCAACACCAAAAUCAGCAACGUCUUCUUCAGAAGUGUGCACCGACCACGGGUAAGUGGCGACCAGCAUCCCGUGCAAAUAGUCCAUCGACCUCUCACUGUUUCUUGUUAUCAAUUGUGUCCAUUAAUUGAUUUUAUAACCGGAUUAUGCAAGUGAAGUGCGGGGAAUCGAAGAGUAAACAGUGUCCUUCUACAGCUCGACGACGACGAUUUGUACGAGAGGAACAGCCAGCUGAACUACGGAGCACCGAACUACGCGGGGGCCGGCGCACAGUCGGCACUCAAUCAGCAGUACUCGAACCCCAGUUUGUACUCUUCACAGAACCUGAACGCGUACACACAGAAUCAGGUAAUUGCGACGUACGAGUCGGUGUGUAAUCCAACAAUUUCAGCAGUACAACACUCAACUGCUACAACAACAGCAACAGAUUUACGGGAAAAGGAAGAAGAGACAGAUGCCCGGAAGGAUUUCGCAGCCCGGAAUGGUCGUGGAUCCACUGCUUCUGGAUAAUAUCACCCGACACAUUCAGGACGGAUACACCGGAGCGAACGGAUUCCGGGCGGAGCACGCGUUCAUUGCCACCUGGUAUAGGGUGAGUGGAACAUCCUGGGCUCAGUGACGGAGUCUCUCAUUUCAGAUGGCUCACGGAGGAGCCGCCCGUGCUUUGGAUGUCUCUCAGUUCGAGCAUGUCAAAGAUUGGCAGAACACUUUCCAGCUCGUCGUGGCUUCUGAUGAAAUUAGGUAAAAUCUGCUAGCUCUUCAAUCUCGCAUUGAACUUCUUUUUUUAAAGAACUUUUGCCAUCUUCAACUAUGCCCGCCUCAACUGGACAUCUUCAAAUGAAGCCGGAGGAUUGGAUGGGUUCGGAGGAAAGCAGGCGGCGAUGGCCGGAUUCAACGGAGGAAACGGAACCGGAUGGUACGGGUUGCCGUACAGCGGAGAGGGAAGACUCUGGAAACUCGGAUACUUCUCCAAUGUUCUCACGCCGGGACGAUGGAUCCAUAGAAUCGACGAGCUGAUUAUUCCGGCAGGAUGUACGAACGCAUCGAACGGCGCAAUGUUGACCGCUCCGCCAUGGGGACCAAUGCACGGAGGAAUGGCCAUCAACGUUUCGGGUCCGUGUUUGAGACCGGCGGACGUGGUGAAAGUGAAUUUCGAGAACUGGCAGACCAGUUGCACCCGUCUGAACCGUGUUCGUGCUCGUUGCAUCAUGCCAAUGUUCCACAAAAUCGGAAUGGUUCCGGUGAGAAUGAGCAGAGACGGAGGACAGUCUUUUCCGUUCUUCGGAAGAUUCUACGUUGUGAGCUCGGAAAGAGCGCCUGCUUACGUUUCACUCAAGGACUCGGUAGACAAUAAAACUAACCGAUGGUGAGCAAUCACAACUCUCACCGCCUCAUCUGUUCUUUCCAGGUACGAACCGUACGCACAAGAGUUGGCGAUGACGUGGCAGGCACUUAAUUUGACGUGGAAUACCGGAGCUCGAGUGGACAUCAGUCUGUUCGGGUACUGGGAAGAUGCGGAUCGGUCGCAUUUCGAGCGAAUCGACUACCUGGCGAGAGGCAUUUCGAACACGGGAACGUACACGUUUAGGCCACAGCAGCUCACGAAACAGUUCUUACUGAGGGUUCGUGAAUACAGAAUAAAAACUCGUUUUCAACAAAAAGUUGCAGAAUGCGUGGCAGAAGUUCCAUUUCGGAUUCGUGCAAGUCGCGCUGUCGGACACGGAAGACGGUGUGAUGUGGAGCAGACCGACGCCGUUCCCCUGGUAUCAUUUGAACGAAUGGGAGCACUAUUACGGGAACAGCUGGGCGAUCGACAUGUGCAUUGAGUGGUUCGAGUACGACGGAAAGAGAAACAACUUCCAAAUCGACCUGACAACCGACUACCCGUGCCCCUGCAAGCUCUCCCAGGCUCUUCUGGACCUCGGAAGGUUCAUGCCGAUCAUGGACUGCGACAAGGACGGAGACACUUCUUGUCCAUUCAACAAGGGAGCCCAGCAUUGCAUUCAGUCCGUCCAGCCCACUUUCUCCGGCUCUUCCCAACAGUGCUGCUAUGAUUAUGACGGUUAUCUAAUGUUCACGGAUGACUGGGAACCCGAUGGUGAUUACACGACGUUUUUCCAGCCGGGCACUCCCGCCAGAGCGCAUCGAUACGGAGCGGCGCCCUAUAGACUCCCUCCGUUCAUUCCAACUCUCUCCAACUAUCAACUCGAUCUUUUACCUUACCGAACUUGCUGCAAGUACGCGGACCACUGCGAGUUCUAUUACUGGCGUAGGAUGACGAACGGAUGUCAAGAUUAUCGGGCUCCGGCAGCCGGCUACAUGUACGGAGAGCCGCACAUCAUCACUUACGACGGAAUCAGGUACACAAUGCCCGGAAAGGGAUAUUAUGUGCUCACGAUGUCGGACAACCCGUACCACAAACUGAUGGUUCAAGUUCGAUUGGAGCAGCCCGAUGAUACACUUUGUGAGUCUCAUCCCAGAUUGUUGUACUAAAAUGUCAUGACUGUUCAGGGCAUUCGCAUGUGAAUGCAACCGUAAUCACUGGAAUCGCUGUCCAGGAGAACGACAGUUCGAUUGUGCAAGUGUACGCGCGAAAGCCAAUGCGAAGAUGGAGAUAUCGGACGGAUGUCUACGUGGAUGGCUCGAGAAGGUUCUUCGAUAAGGCGCACUGGAAACAUCAGACUUUCAAGCGUAACAUCACAUUCUUUAGCUUAUUUCCAUCGUUUGCGUUUUCAGACUUGGACAUCAGAAAUCCAUUGCAAAACAUGAAUCAAUCCGAACUGGUGAUCAUGCUGAAGUCUGGAGUCGGAAUUCGGAUCUUCGAAGGAUUCGGAAUGCUUGAUGUGAUGGUUACUUUGCCUCCGAGUUACAAUACAACGUGUCGGCAAGGAGAAUCGAUGUCAUCUGCCCUGAAUGCGGCCACAGGACAACGGAGAUGUUACACUACGUUGGGAUUGUUAGGCGUGUACAACAAUGAUCCGACGGACGAUUUGACAACGCCGACUGGUACGGUAACAAGGGUACAGAAUCCGACGACGACGUCUUCCACGACACAGAUGAUAUACGAACAGUUCGCUUCGACGUGUGAGUUGGCGUUCUGAAAUCUCUCAAUUUAGUGGUUUUCAGGGAAGAUAGACGGAACGAACGAAAAGUUGGGAAGUAUUCUGUUCCAGGAUAAAUACAAACCCAUUUAUAAUCCAUUGCUGUUUGCGGAAUCAGAUUAUCGCCCCGUUUACUGGCCGCAGACGAUCGAUAUGAAUGCGUCGAGAGUGUUUUCGAUGGAAGAAGUCGUGAGCACGUGCCAGAAUAAUCCGGAAUGCGAGUACGAUUACAUUAUGACCGGAAGGAAAGAGGUCGGGCUGACGACUUUGCGAAGGCAGAAGCAGUUCCUGGCACUUCAGAAGACUGGAAGCCGGCAGUGUGAGUAUCUGGAAGCCGUCCAGUCUUCUCUUCAUUCUCCAUACUUUCAGUAAUCUCUUGUGGCCCACUUCUGAAGAAGGAGGGAGUUGUGAAGACACCACCGGCGGCAAAUUACCUGGACGGAGACAAGGUUCUCUCGAAUUUAUACUCCAUGUGCACAAUUAACUUUUGCCUGUUUUUCAGGUCGUCUUCUCGUGUAAGCCUAAAUAUUACAUCCACGGAGACAUCGAAAGAGUGUGCCGGAAUGGCACGUGGUCGCCUGGAUGGUGGGCGUGGUGUCGUGAUCGAAAUCUCGAGUACGCACUCAAAUGGAUGACAGCACUGCUCUCGAUAUUCGGAAUCGUCCUCAUCUUCGUCAUCUUCUUCUGUGUCCUUUGGAGUAUCCGAAAGAAGAAGCAGGCGGCGCAUGCGGAACGAUUACAGCUGAAAGAGGAACAAGAAAGACUCGUUCAGCUGGAGAAGACGUUCAGAUCUGCGGAACCGGAGAAGGCGCCUUUGAUAGAGAAUGACUUUCGUUCUAAUUACAAUAUGAGCCAGGCAUCUCGUCCCGUGAGUCAGGCUCCGUGGAACAACGCCCCGGAGUACAAUGCCCCUCCGGUUCCAUCGUACGCAGCAGUCUCACAGACCCAAUACGAACCGACCAGGGCGUUCUACGAAACUUCUUCCAUUUAG